CUUCCUCAAUUAAUAAAUUUUUCUCUCUCUAAUUUCUUCCUUCACAGAAAUUUCUUCCUGGGGAAUCUCCAGAAGAAGAUCUACUGUACCAUUUUAGUUUCUUGGCAGCUUCCUGUACAUGGCUUCUGGUUAAUCGCCACCGCCACGCUUGUACCCACAUCUCCCUUUUGUUUUUCUUUUCUUUUCUUUUCCCUCGGUUCUUUUUCUUGUUUUGUCUCACACCCACACGAAAUUAGAGCCGACCAAGCAAAGCAAAGCGCCAUGUCUCUCUCUCUCUCUCUCUCUCUCCGACCAUAAACAAUGGCACGUGAAUGAUGAUAGGCUUCCGUGUUCUGAUUGCCUCGUGUGACGUGCCUCCCCUGAUAUUUCUCUUUGGUACAUGGGUCGUAUCAGAUCCCACCGAAAUCCUUUGUUGCCUUGCUCCUGCUGAAACCUCCCUAACGCUGCUCAUUUGCUCACCAAGAAACAGAAACAGAGACGAAGCAAAAGGGAAGCUUUUUUUCUCGGUUUAUCUUGCAGAAUUGUGAGGAUUGAGAUAGAGAGUCGUGCGGAUAGUGAUGGAUACGAGUAAGAGGAGGAGUGGGGUGAGAAAUGGGGUGGUGGCAGGAUCAGUUUGGGAGAGGAGGAUGAGGUCAGAUGAAGUGAAAGGUGGGAUCAGAGUCUUUGGUGUGGUCGAAGAUGAUGAUAAUGGCACUGCUAGUGAUGUGCCCACCGCUCCUAGUUCAGUCACAUUGAGAAAAAGUGAGGUUGCGGGGAAGAGAAGGACAUGGAAAUCAGAGAGCAUUGAUGGCCCGAUUCAGAUUGCAAGGGAGGUCAAUGAGUCGAGCAACAGUCUUGAUGAGCAUGUCAAGGAAAUGAGUUUUUCGGGUGAUGGAAUCAAGAAAAGGAAGAGUCCAAAUCUGGGUGUGAAGGAAAAGAGAGAGCUUGGAAUUUCUCAGGAGAUAAAAUCAAGGCCGGAGGCAAAGAAGGUGAGUGAAUCUGUUCUCGGUUCUGAAAAGGUUGUUUCAGCUGAUCUGAGGAAGAAAAAUUUGGAGCCUUCGAAGGAUUUAUGUCAGUCUGGUCGCGGGGGAUCCGAGGAAAAUUGCAAGGAGGUUGGGGUUUGUCAAGAGAGAAUCAUUUCAAGCACUAUGAGCGAUGUGGGUCAGGUCAAGGCUGCUCCAAAGGUACUAUUCCAUGAUUAUGACCUUCAUGGUAAUCAUGGUAACGAUGAUGGGGAUGAAGAAUUUUUCGAUGAUGAGGGAUUGGAGGCUCAUUGCAUUGAUGAGAAAGCUGAGACUAAGGUUGAAAAACAGAGAUUUGACAUCGAGAAAAUUCACACAUCAGAGCAGAGAUCCAAAAAAGUGGCAAGUGGAGAGAAAGUAGAUAAUCAUUUCAGCGAAAAGCACAAACCAAUUUGUUUUGAUGCUGUGAAACGACCUUCUAUGUUGAACCGUAAUGGAGUGCAGAGAAGUACUGCUUAUACUCCUCCAAGUAAGCCCACAUCUUUGUGGGCAACUGAAGAGUCGCCGGCUGCCACAAAAUACUCUACUAUUCAUCAAAAUUUUGCCAAGCAUAACACAUUAUCGGAUGAAAACCGACGUUCCAGAGAGACGCAGGAGGGAUGGCAAAUUUUGGUGGAUUUGGUGAUGUGGAAAAAUGCGCAUAAGUCAGCAUUAGCCUUUGCAAUUGGAACACUACUGAUAAUAUCAUCCUCCUAUGCUAAGCAUCUCGAUUGCGGCUUCAUUUCUCUGGUUUCUUAUCUGAGUCUCAUCAUUCUUGCUGCGAUUUUCGUGUACAAAUCCGUCACUAGCAGGGGUUAUGUGGAUGUAGCCGCUAUGAGAUGUGAGUGUGAAGAGGAAGAGGCAAUGCGGUUAGUGAAGUUGGUGCUUCCUUGCUAUAACAAAUUCCUGUUCAUGCUCCGAGCUGUUCUCUCUGGAGACCCAUCGACUACGAUGAAGUUGGCAGUCCUGCUUUAUGUUGUGGCCAAAUGCGGAAGCUAUAUCACUGGAGGGAUGAUGGUCAAACUUGGAUUUUUUGGAGCUUUCAUUGUACCAAAACUCUGCUUUACGUAUUCUGGGCAUAUGACUACACAAGGCAAGAUUUGGAUUCAACUGUUUCGAGAUUCUUGGGGCGUGUGCUCUCACAAAAAAGCCGUAGCUGCUGCUGCACUUUUAAUCUUUUGGAGCUUUUCUUCUAUUGUUGGAAGAGUUUGGGGAGUGUUCUUCGCAUAUAUUGCAUUUAGAUAUUAUGAGCAGACUGCGUGAGAUGGGUCAGCAGGAAAUUGCAGAGGAGCCGAGUUCGUUAAGAGCGGAUGUGUCAGAGCGAAUACGCAGAGGUAUGGACCAACUGUGGUAGAACAAAGAAAGGAAAAGAAGGCAUCCUAGUUCUAGAUAAAUUGUUGUGUAGUCACAAGUUUCUUGUGAUUGCUUUCUGCCCCAAACCAUCUCGCAUUAAGCCCACGGACUCACCGCUGUUAGACACAAAGCGGACGCACUUUCGAUAUUCUCAUCGGCCGUGUCGUGGUGCCAAUGGAUGGCUUCAACUCGGCCAUUUCAUGGAAUGUGAGGUUGGUGCGAAGAGUAAAUAGUACUAUUGGCGGAUUUAGCUAAUAUCUGAUCCUGCUGGAUGUGCAACAACUGAAGUCUGGCUAACACUAGUUCUGCAGUUUUGAUUAAUAUCAGUGACUUAACUACCUACAUUGCCGUUGGGCAGGCAGUCUGUUCUUUAUCAAAGUCACAUUCUCGUUGGCAGUUCUAAUUGUAACUAGAUGAGGUACUUUAUGCCCACAUUCUUCAUAUGAAAUUGAAGCAGGGAAAGUCAUAGACUCAUAGUGUGAUCGUCCCGAGGACGAGUUCAGCAUCUGGGGUUGUAGGCUGUAUGUAGAACAUUGUUUGAUGUUGCAGCCGAAAAUUUCGCUGAUUGCUUAUCGAGAGAAUAGCUUCAGGCAUUUCAUCAGUGGCUUCAUCUAUUAGGGAA